AUGCAUUGUUGGAAGAAGACCGUCGAAAUGGCUUGUUUUAGCCUAAAACACUGCAUUAAAUACACCAACUCGGACAAUCUCAUGAAGGACGAGGAAAAGAACAGCUUGAAUGUACUCUCAACAGACGCAAGGCAAGAAUAUCGCAGUUGGUUCUUGUUGCCAGAGAACAAGAGUCUUUUAAACUUAGUUUUAACUGAUAAAGAAGUGGCUCGGAUUAACCGGCUUGUCGUUGACAGAGACAAUCUCGUGUCUACUCGAGCCGUGGCAGAACUUGCACCGCUCAUAUCACGGCUGUAUUCUCGUUUAAAGAGCUACUUGGGCCAUGGAGAAAGUGGCCGGUGCCAGUAUGAAGAAGUAGAAACAAGCUUUUGUUUAGCUAGGCCGGCUCUACGAGUUUCAAAGAGCUGGGAAGCGCUAAUGCAAUUUCUGGAUGCCGCGGAUUUGAAGCCGGUUCCUGAACUAUUUCGGGAGAGUGCAUCAGCUAAACAGAUUAAUGAACUGUCGGCUAAAGUCCGAGAUUUAGGGAAAGCGGCCAGUGGUAAAACACCAGCUGGCAAUUCCGAUAGACCUAUGAAUAUUGGGGCUAUAACUAAUGCUCUAGGUGGGUAUAGUGUGCUGACAGUUGCGGCUGUUUACAAGGUAAUGGUCAAGGAGGAGUGUCCGAUCUUUCCUUCCAAGUACAUCGAUUUAUACAUGCGGAUAAAUACACUAUCAGAUACCAGCCAAAAGCAGCUCUUAUCACGGUUUGUGCUGUUAUUUGUUUUAUCUGACCAAAAACGAAUAAUGUUUGAGAUUUGUUGUGACUUUUUACACCGCCUAAUCACCAAAGAAGACAGUCCGCUGAAAUUCAAGAACUUAGCGGUUGUUUUUGCGCCUCUCUUCUUUAUUGAUGAAGAAACUAGCUGUUUAGCAGCUGAUUUCAAAGGCCCUUUAGAAAGUCUUCGCGACUACUUAGAGUUUCUCUUACAGAACUACCGUGAAAUCCUCUUAAUAUAA